AUGCCGAGCCUUUCAUUGGCACUCCUGCGCCCAGCACAUGGCAUAGCUGGGAGGUGGGCUGUUCGUGGGGUCUGGACGGAGACACCCGGGCCCAAGGAGUCGGAGGUCCGGGACUCCUUUUACGACAGCACAAUUGAGAACGUGCGCUGGGAGGAGGCUUCCAGGGACCAUGGAUGUUGCGCAUCAUGGCCUCGAAGUUCGCUAGCAGGCGACCUGGGCUCGAGCAUGGCGUGCAUGCAUGCAGCAUGGGCCUCUGCGGAGGGCGGUGUCCUGCUGGCUGGAUCACAGGCCAGCCCUUCCAGACUGGCGCCGCCAAGCCACCUUCCCCUACACUCUGCCCCCUCUCCAUGCGCGCAGUAUGCCCGUCAGCCGAUCGUGCAGCUGACCCUUCGGGGGAUGCUGGACAUGGGGCGCGACACCCUGAAGGGCCCUGCCUGCAGGAUCGCCAGCGCCCGCUUCGUGCAGGAGGAGCUGCCCAAGCGCCUGGCGCGCCGCCUGCUGGACCUCCAGCUCCUCCCUCACCUGGUGGUGACCAACCCCCACAUCCACCGCGUGUACACCGCCUACUUUCACACCCUGCAGACCUUGCUGGCCGUCCCCCCCGUCACCAGCCUCGCGCAGAACGAGGAGUUCACCGCCCUGCUCAAGCGCCUGGUGGACGAUCAUGCGCCCAUGCUGGAUUACCUGGCCACCGGACUGCGUGAGGUCAGGUCCCGGCCCCUCGUCGGCGAGCGGCUCCACCUCGACCCCUUCCUGGAGAACAUGCUGCGCAGCCGCAUCAGCCGCCGCACGCUGGCCGAGCAGCAUAUGUACCUAAACCAGGGGCGGCCGGGGUACGUCGGGGUCAUCUGCACCAACAUGAGCGUGGCCGAGGGUGUGGACUUUGCAGGGCAGCGCUGCCGGCAGGUCUGCAAUGAGACAUACGGCCUGGCGCCCGACGUCGUCAUCACCGGGGACAAACGGCUGACCAUCCCCUACGUCCCCUCCCACUUUGACUACAUGGUGUACGAGGUGCUGAAGAACUCCAGCCGUGCGGUGGUGGAGCGGCACCUGCAGCAAAGCGCGCACAGCGCCCUGGAGCGCCGGCUCCCUGCCAUCCACGCCCGCAUCUGCAGCGGCGAGGGGCAGGUCACGCUGAGGGUGUCUGACGAGGGGGGUGGCAUCCCCCAGCCGCUGGUGGACAGGAUUUGGGAGUUUGGAUUUACCACCAUGGGGAAGGAGCUGAUUGAUGGGGUGGAGAGGACUGAGGGGCUCGGCUUUGACCCCAGCUUUGGUGCGGGCUGGUCGGUUGCCCAGAUACCGGUGACCAGCGGCAACCGCUUCAGGAUGGGGGGCUUGGGGUUCGGACUCCCCCUUUCACGUCUCUAUGCGCGAUACUUUGGUACGUCAGCCGAGGAUGGGGCAGGAGGUGGCGACUUAGAAGUCCGCUCCAUUCAAGGGUAUGGAACAGACACGUUUCUGACCUUGAAGAAGCUGGAAGACGAGGACUGGCAGGAGGAGUAUGCAGAGGAUUAUACGUCGCCCAUGCCAAAUCUAUACCAUUGA